AGGAGCGGCCCAGCCGCUGCCGCCAGUCCUUCGUGUGGCUGGCCGCAGACCUGGCCGACGACCAGCCAACGGGUGUCUGCGUCUGGGACGCGAUGCGGAGCACCGGCGUGGGGGGCCUCCGGCCCUACGCCGACAGCAGCAGCAGCAGCAGCAGCGACAGCGGGAGUGACAGUGACAGUGACAGCGACAGCGACAGUGACAGCGAUAGCGACAGCAGGGAUCUGUCUAUCGAAGACGAUUCUGAGUCUGUUUACACUUGCAGUAACGAUCCUAAUGGCGGGUACGACAGUGACUCACGGUACGAGUUCGUGAUGAUGACGAGUCCCAAGCCGAAACUGUACAUCAAGAAGAAAUGCGGCCAGGAGCGAGCCGACAUUCGAGACUUUGUGGGGAUCGACAUGAUGUUCAUCAAGCAAGUGAAGAUGAGAGCGAUCAACUGGUUGAACUGCUCGCUAUGGAACACAAUCAGUGACCAGAUGGUGUAUCGAGACUCUUACGGCGACAUCAAUGACUACAGCUCGGUUGCGGAAGAGUCACAAGAUAGAGUGGAAUGUGAAGUGACAUCUGCGGAGGAGAAGGACAACGGCAAGCAGGAGCCGCAGAAGCUGUCCGUGUUGUCAGGAGCGCUGGCCAUCCUUAACCCGGAGCGUCCGGACCUGGCCCGCACCGCCCCGGCGGAGGUGAUGUCGAGCCUGGAGACGGUGCUUGCGUGCGCCGACCGCCUGCCCGCCGACCGGGUCGUGAGGGCGCUGGUCGCGCUCGAGCUGUACGCGUGGCAGGUGAAGCUGCCGCCCAACCAGACCCUCCGGCUCACCGACAGCCGCGCCUCGGUGUCCGUCGCCGCCGGCGUCAGGGCCGUACUCUUCAACGUCGCCAAGCAAAUCGAGAUCGUGCCAGCCAAGGAGUCGGGAUUGAACGCCGUAGCGAUGGCUGACAACGAGGCCGUGGAGGCGGCGGUGGUGCUGCCCCCGGGGGUGGCGGCUGGGGGCAAGCGUGUCGCCACAGCGUUGAUCCAGGAGAGUGCCGUCCACGAGGUCUUCCUCCAGCCGGGUCUCCAGCUCAACACCAACGUGCUCAGCGUCCAGGCGGUGCUGAACGCCUCUGGAGAGGUGGACAUCGUGCUGAAGAAUAGCAACGUGGCCAUCCGCAGGCGGCGCUGCGGCUACUGGAACCUCAACACCUCCACCUGGGACUUCGACAACUGCAGGCUCAUCUCCAGGGGGAAGGUGAGCGACGUGUGCCGCUGCCGGCACCUGACGCACUUUGCUCAGCUGGUGACGGACGCGGACGUGGCGUGGCUGGGGCACGAGGGCACGCUGACGGCGCUGUCGGUGGCGGGCGUGUCGCUGUCGCUUCUGGGCGCUCUCGGCUUCGCGGGCACUGCGCUGGUGGCGGGCGAGUGGCGGCGGCGCGCCGGCUCGCGCGCGCUGCUGCAGCUCGUGCUGGCCACGGCGCUGCGCGACGCCUGCUUCGCCGCUGCCGCCUCCGCCCUCGGCUCCGGCGCCGCCCCAGGCGCAGAGCCGUACGCGCAGUCCGAGCCGGGGGCGCUCUGCGUCGUCGUGGGCGUCGCGCUGCAUUAUAGCCUGCUGGCCGCCGCCUGCUGGGCCACCGCCGCCGCGGCGCUGCAGGUCCUCCGUUUCGCGACUAUCACCGGCGCCCAGGCUUACCCUCACACAGUGCUGGUCUGCGCGCUGACGGCAUGGCUGAUGCCACUGGUGCCGGUGCUGGGGGCGCUGGUAGUACUUGGGCUGGAGGGCUACCAGUUGCGUGAGGACUCUGCGGCUGGAGCGCUCUGCUUCCCUCAGGGCGCCGCCUUCUAUACGGCCGUUCUGUUGCCCUCCACGCUCUGCUGCCUCGCCAGCGCCACAGCCUUCUUCUGGCUACUUUUCGUCGUUCUCUUCCCCUUCGGGCGGGCAAAAUCCGUUGCUGCUGCCUCCAGACACGGGCCGUCGAUGCUGCGGCGCCGGCUGAUGACGGCGGUGAUGCUGUUCUUCCUGCUGGGCGUGCCGUGGGCGCUCGGACCUCCCGCUAGGACCUUGUGGCUCGCCUACCUCUUCUGCAUCACAGCCACGCCGCACGGGCUGGUGUUGUUCCUGUUCUUCGUGCUCGGGGAACCACAGCUGCGCGCCAAGUGGUGGGCUACCUUCCAGUCGUGGCUGCCUGCAGACACUUGCUACCUUGACAAGAUGGCGGCCAGGAGCUCGCAGGGCCGGUCCUCGUCCACCACCACCACCACCACCGCUACAGCAGCUGUGGCCCCACCAGUCAAGGAGCAUCCCGCUGUGUCCGCCUCGGCCAGCUUCUCCAGUGAGGGGGCCAACAGCUCUGUCUCCAUCAGCAGAUACUGAACGCCGUCCACAGCAACAACUAGCACUGCUGUGUGUCACGCGUGCUCAAGCGUCAGACUUCAGACAAGGGAAAGAAAUAGUUCUCCAAGUGAGCAGAAUGCACCAUGUCCUCGUUCAUUACCUACACUAUUUAAAACUAUGAGAGAUUCAAAGCCAUUUGUUUCUUUUGCAGUGGAUCGAAACUUAUAACAGAUCAACGUUCAAAUGUAUGGAAUGUGACUUACAACUAUAUCAACAAGUAUUAACAUAUGACAGUAGAUGUAUAUCAAAGACUUACGCAAGAAUUUAAAGCAGACAAACUGGAGAUGAGGUAUCUCACAACUGAUUGACAGCCAUCUCAUCUACUUUUUGCAGAUUAGAUUCCUUACAUUUCUAGAAAUACUGAGUAAAAUUAUGAGUUUGUGAACAUUGAUUCUCUUGUCCCCGAUUUACGUGUCCACAAAUAUAAAAGUGUAGAGAAAUCGGUCAGUACAGUUUUUCGUAAUAUGACAACGAUCUUCGUUGUUGCCUAAUCAUUUUCAUGUGGCUCAUAGUCACAUAUUCAUGGAGGGACAGUGAAAUGAAAAUUUUUGAAAUUUUAUUUACUGUACACAUCUAGAUAAAAACAACAUUUACUGUAGGUAGAAAUCCCACCAAAAAGGAAUAACAGUAUGUGCAUAUAAGGGGCAGUUAAAUGAAAAUGCCACAGAUGGAAGAAAGUAAGUAAAGUGUUUAUUAUUUAAAAAGUAAUCGCCGUAGCUGUUAAUACAUUUAUCCGACUGUAAACCAAAACGGGCAGUGCCUUUAUAGAAAAAUGUAUGCGGUUUCGUACAGAAUCAUGAAUGUAUCCAGGUGUGCGUCUCUUUGUCUGGAAUAAAUGGACGGCCACAAAUUUCCUCCUUCAGGGCUCCAAAAAUAUGGAAAUCUGGAGAGAUAUCGGGACUGUAUGGAGGAUGUGCAAGGGCUUUCCAGCGAAACAUCUGCAGCAUAGUCGAAACAACCUUGGCAACAUGUGGGCGGGUAAUAUCCUGCAAUAGAAUGAUGCUGUCCAUCAACCUGCUACUCAUUGACUUUCUGGGACACAGUGCACAACGCACAGCAGUACACGCACACUCUCCUCAUGUCAUUUCCCUAUUUUUGGAACCUUGAAGUAAGAUAUUCAUCGCCGUCGAUUUCCUUCACAUGAAGAGAUGCACGCUCAGGUACAAUCAUUGUUCUGUAGGCAGCCACAAACAUCUUUCUAUGAUGGCAUUGACAAUUUCACAGUGGAUAGAUACGUUAACAGUUAUGCCGAUUACUUCUGAAAUAAAAUAAAUAAUUUACAUACUUUUUUUUAUCUUCUCGUUUCCUUUCGACUGGCCCUUAUAAAUACUAUGCUUUUCUACAGGACGAAGACGAUAAUUUUCGGAAAUGAUUACAUGUGCUAAAUAUCAUUUAUAAAAGUAAUAGUGUUCAGAUAUCCAGAACAAAAACAGUAGUUAUGGCAAGACAAUGAAAAUUGGUAGUUAGAGACAAUAAUUGACGGUGAACCAGUAGGACAAGUAUCAAGUUUUAUCUGCGUUGGUUGUGAUUCAUAUCUCAAGAAUGACGACGAAGUGAAGAAAAAGCUUCAUCGAUCUCGCUAUGUGUGAGGAACAUUUCGGCCAGCAUCGAAGCGUAAGAUAACGGAUUCAACUUAAAUUCUGGAAGGUUAUAGCUAUGCCAAGAUUGAUAUAUAGAACCGAAAAAUAAGUGAAUAAAACAAAUUAUCGGAACAAAAUGCAAUCGUCUGAAGUAUAGUUCCUCAGGUCAGUGGAAGGGU